AAAAGUCUCGACUUCUUUUUGCGAGACAGUGAUCGGCUGCCAAAACGAUCAUGCUUCCCAGCAGAGGCCUUCUACGGGCGGUGCCUGCCCCAGGGCUUGCCAAAAGGGCAUUCCCAAGCACGAGGACAGGCUUCUAUGCCCUGCAAGGGGGACGAGUCAACGCGCCGAGACAAUUCGGAACGAGCCUCCAGAGGACUGGGAUUGUGCCCAGGAGCACGGGAGGAUAUGACUCACUAAAAACCAGGCGCAUAGGUGGAUCUAUAGCCGUCACCGGGGUCCUGUCUUCCCGUCAACCCUUUUUCCGGCCCCAACAAGCACGAUAUGCCUCGACCGAGCCCUCCCCGGCGGCGGAUGUCGCCGCCGCCGCGGCUAGUGACGGCACCACGAUAGACCUGGUCUCUACCCCGAUUAGCAUCACUGGCAGCGACCUUUUGGACAUGCCCGAACAGAUCGGCUACCUCCAAGCCAUUGGCCUCGACUUCGGCUGGGGUCCAACCGCGGUGAUGCAAUGGCUUCUCGAGCACGUCUAUAUCUACAGCGGCAUGCCCUGGUGGGCAUCUAUUACCGCGGUGGCGGUUCUCAUCCGUCUCGCCAUCUUCAAGCCCUCGCUGACGGCGGCGAACCAUUCGCACAAGAUGCAGGAGCUGCGCAAGAACCCCCGGUUCGCCGACGCUAUGCGCCGGAUGCAGGAGGCGGCAAUGUCGACGGGGGACAAGACCGAAAUGAUGGCCGCGCGGACGGAGACGAGAAAUAUGCAGCUCGCAGCCGGCGUACAGACAUGGCGGGCAUUUGUCCCCAUGGUCAAUAUCCCGAUUGCGAUCGGCAUGUUGAGGCUGCUUCGCGCCAUGGCAGCGCUCCCAGUACCGAGCUUGGAGACCGGCGGAGUGUUGUGGUUCUCUGACUUGACGGUCCCGGAUCCAUUUUUCAUCUUGCCUAUUGCCAGCAGCUCCUUGCUGUAUUUUGUCAUGAAGAUGAGCACCCCAUAUAUGGCGCCGCAACAAGCGAAGAUCAUGAACAUGGUAGCAAUCGUCUUUGCUCCUUUGUCCCUGUUCGUCACCAUUUAUUUCCCAGCUGGCCUGCAGUGGUUCUUCCUCAUGACUGGCGGGCUUCAAUACCUUCAGACAUGGGUGUUCUACCAGCCCUGGCUUCGUCGUUGGGCGAAACUGCCCGUCCUGGAGCUCAAGGGGGCCGCCACGCCCGUCGCACCGCAGACCAGCCCGUUCUCGGCAAAGAGCGCGAACUGGCAGGCACCGAGGACCAUCACAACCACGGCCAGCCCGGCCAAGCCGGAGAGCAACAUCAUGUCCAGCCUGAAGGGUGGUAUGGAGACCUUCCGCGAGAAGCUCGAUAACCACCAAGCGAAAACGAGGAAGAAGAGCGAGAAUACGCAGGCGGAGAUGUACGAGAAAAGGCGAAGACUGGAGGAGGAGGCAAAGUUAUCGGCCCGGCGAGAGGAGGCGAUAAGGAAGAGGCAGUCGCGCCCUUGAGUGACAAGCGUCCAUCUUCCAUCCGAUGCUUGAUACCCAUGUACUGCCUGGAAGCUAGAUGCCCAGAGACGGGUGCAAGCCGAUUGGCAGUCCAGACUCCAGAACCUGGAAACUGAGGUGUAUGUACCAUACUUGUAAGAGAUAUAUACUGAUCAGUGUAGGUAGUCCUUGUAGCAUAGACUUGAAAAAGAUAUGAACUCUCCAAUGGAGCGCUGCCCAGCUAUGCCCAGCAAUGCCCAGUCGCGAUCGAUUAAUUGGCCUGGAUUUCCUAAACCUCGCGUGUCCUCUGUCUAUCACUAAGCAUAUCCAUCAUUGCUGCAGAUUGUUGCAAGAACGCUACAGACCUCGAAGCACCUUUCAACA